AUGGGCAACUGCCGUCUGCUAGGCUUUUCCGCAGACGGCAGCUGUCCAAGACUGCUCAUUGCGCCUUCCACGGCAUCGUUGGAACGGCUCCGCAAGAACCGGGGCGUCGUCAGGGCCAGCGUCACACGAACAAUUACGCUCCUGACCGACGAACUUCAGGCCACGGCUCCCGAUGCCGCUCAAGUUGAUUCACACGUUGCAUACCUUACUCAGAAGAACGUCGAGCUCGGCAACCUCAACAAGCAAAUCCUCGACGCCACGGACGAUGACGCUUAUGACGAAGAGUUCGAGGCCGCGGAAGACUACGACCGGAAGGUGUCCUAUGCCGUGUCUCGAGCGCGCUUCUUUCUGCGCGAACACGCCAACACAGCGACGGCAAGGAGGACUUCAAGGCCCGAGGCUACGUUACCGAACCCCGACGUCGCUGGGGCCGGCAGCUCAGCGCAUGCUGAGGUCACUGACGCUGCACCUCGUGUAACAGAGGGGACACCCGGCCCAGCAACCGCGCCGCGUCAUCGCACAGUGGUCCUGCCGAAACUUCAGAUACCUACCUUUUCCGGCGCACUGCACGACUGGCAGACCUUCUGGGACCACUUCAGUGCCACGAUCCAUCGUAAUGAAGACCUUCUGCCGAUUGAGAAAUUUAAGUACCUCCUCUCGUAUUUGAGUGGUGCCGCGAAGAGAGCCAUCGAAGGCAUUAGACUCACGGAGGACAAUUAUGCGAUCGCAAUCAGGACCUUGACGGAGCGAUUUGGUCGACGCGGCUUGCUCAUCAACGAGCACAUCGACCACCUGCUCGCCUUACCACCAGUCAAGUCUUCGGCAGAUGUCGACACACUUCGCCUACUCUAG